AUGCCUAAAACAAUGCAAUCAAAUUACUGGAAACCAAUUACAAUCAUGUCUUCUCAUUACUCUACAAAUUCUGUCAUGGAGGCUAUCACAAAAGGGGCUUCUGAUUAUUGGAUUAAGCCAUUGGAAGAACAACACUUCCAGACUAUGUGGAAGCAUGUCGUAAAAGGACUUAUUAUUAAUGAAAAUCAAAAUAUGAACGACAUCUUCCAUAUGAACAACAAACGGGGAAAAGAACAAGUCGAUGUUCCAAAACAAACAAUUGAUGAAAACCAUAAUCAUAAUGAUGAUUAUCCAUCCCCGGCAAAGAAGUUCCGGUGGUCAUGGACUCAACAGUUGCAUAAUCAAUUCGUAACAGUGGUCAAUGAAUUAGGCCUUGAAAAUGCAAAGCCCAAAAAAAUACUCAAAAUAAUGGGUGUUCCGGGUUUAACCCGAGAAAACAUUGCUAGCCAUUUGCAUGUUCGAUUCUUUUUUCCCGAAUUUAUUAAGUGGAUAACCCACAUUGGACUUGAGAUGGAAGACGCGGGAGCUGCGGAAAUUGGGGAUAUCAUAGUGUGA